AUGACAACCGCGUCAGAAGCUCCCGAGAGUGAAAAAAUCUUUGAUAUACCUCCAAGUGAAGAUGUGCCACAGACCCCGAAAGCAAAUGGACAUGCGAUUGAGAAUGGCGAUGGAGAAGCUCCCCCGAGCAAGAGGCGGCGACUCAGUAACGAGACAAAGACUGUACCGAAGCGCAAACCCGAAUCGCCUCCGUGGAAGAAAGUCUUAGCAGAAGGGCCAACUUCUUUUACCGUCGAUGGAAAACGCAAAUCAGGCCGUGUAAACCAGAUACCAUUGGAGCUACAACCUCCAUCCGAGAAGAGGACAACGCGGGGCGCGGCGCAAAAGGCCGUUACCUCAAAGAGUCAGCAUGGCAAUGCCAGUAGUAUUCACUUAUCUUCAAAUCGAGAUGCGUCCACACCCGCAACCUCACAAGCUUCUAAGAAGUCUGUCGGCCAAAGCACCUCGAGAUCACCAGCCAAACCAUCAACAUCACCAAAGCGAUCGCAUCGAAAGACCAUACAGUCUGAGCAUCACUCAACGCAAGUACGGUCCGGCAACAAGAAAUCCAUUCCUACUAAAGAUGCACAAUCCACGCCUGUGAACUCGAGGUUGCGCCGAUCGGGUCGCGCUUCUGAAAUUGUGCAGAAUGACCUGACGCAUUCUUCGCCGGCAACACAAGUAGAAGGUAUGGCAGAUGAGACCCCCAAGUCUACACCAACAAAAAUACGACUUCGAGUCAAGCCGGCGGGCAUUCCUUUGAUUCAUCCAAAUGCGCUGCCAAAACCACGAAAAUUCCCGUCUUUCGAAGAGUUUUACGAGCAAGGGCAACAUAUAUCAGCGGAAAAUGGUGGUUUGCAUAGCGCUGAAGAUGCGGAGGUUUUCACCGAGGAAGAUGCCAAGAGGGAAGCUCAUACAAUCUUACAGCUCGAAGAUGCUGUGGAACGUGGUGUUCUAGGGUAUUCGUUGAAUCGCCCCGAGAAACAAGACCCCAUGCCACCACAAUAUGCUCACCAAGAUCAUCUUGUGAGGGCAGCCCUCCACUUUCGGACGCUUAUGAUCAGAGAACAAAAAGAGCACCUAAGACUCGCGAAACAACUGGCUGAGGCAUGCAGGGACGAAUGGAUUCGACGACAACCAAAGAGUCAUGAACAAUUGGAGGCAGAGGAGAGAAAAGCAUCUGAAGUGCGCUAUAAGACUGUCCUUAAGAGCCUUUUAGGUACCUGGGAAAAUGUUAAAAUAGAGGUCAACAGGCGACGGCUGGUUGAAUGGGAGGCGCAAGAACAAGCACGAGUACGAAAAGCCCUUAACGAAGCUGUAGACAUAUCUACACAAAAGCUACAAGCUCGCAGAGCGCAACAGGAUUCGGAAGAUGAUACUGAAGAGGAUGAUGAAGGCGAAGAGGCAAAUAAUGACUCUGAUGAAAUCGAUCUUGAUUCUGAGCUUAACCAUGAUGAAAGUAAUAUGUCCUCUACAGAAUCGGAAGCUGAUGAAGAGACUACUAAGCACGAAGAUGAGCAACUUACUGUAGAUGAACUGCGCGAAAAAUAUGCAGCCUUACCAGAAAUUGCACCAGCCAGCGAUGAUAACGAGAUGAUUGGAAAUGGCAGCGCAGAUGAAGACAUGGAAAGCGAUCCCUCCAUAGAUAUGGAUGAUGACACAGAUUCUAGCGACGAAGAAGAGGAUAGUGAUGAAGAAGAGGGUAAUGACGCAGAUGAAGGUGGUCGUGCUGAUCUUCUUGGAUUUCUUUUACCUUCAGACAUCAAAGAUUUGGAAACUAGACAAGCCGAGUUAGGACAAGUCGAGGAAGUGGUGGAAGUAAUAGACGAAGAUUCAACUUCAGCUGUAGCAGAAGAUGCGAUGGAAUUGGAUGCCGACGAUGGUGAAGCUUCCAACAUACCUAAUGGAGCAUCCGUACCGGCAUUAAUGAGUGGGACAUCCAAGAAGUCACCCCUGAUCGAAGAUAUAUCCUCAAGUGGACAGCAUGAUUUAUCUAGCAAGCCAGAGGUUGUUGCAAUGAGCCCUGAUCGCAGUAGCCAGCCUACUCCAAGAACAACGGAAACUAAACCUUCAGAGGCUGAUUCGGCAUCAUCUGUGGAUCUUCAUCAAAGUAGUCGACGCAACACACAGAGCGCAACCCCCCAACCUUCAAACGGAUUAAAGACCCCGGUUCCUUUUCUCCUGCGCGGCACCCUUAGGGAGUAUCAACACUAUGGUCUGGAUUGGCUUGCCGGUCUCUACGCAAACAAUACAAAUGGUAUUCUAGCAGACGAGAUGGGGUUAGGGAAGACAAUUCAAACAAUAGCCUUGUUGGCCCAUUUGGCUUGCGAGCAUGAGGUCUGGGGGCCGCAUCUUGUUAUUGUACCAACCAGUGUUAUGCUCAACUGGGAAAUGGAGUUCAAAAAGUGGUGCCCAGGAUUCAAGAUCUUAACAUACUAUGGCAAUCAGGAAGAAAGAAAACGAAAACGUGCUGGCUGGAAGGACGAUGAUGCUUGGAAUGUAUGCAUCACAUCGUACCAGCUCGUUAUUCAGGAUCAGCAAGUGUUCAAGCGACGACAGUGGCACUAUAUGAUUCUCGAUGAAGCUCAUAACAUCAAGAAUUUUCAAUCACAGAGAUGGCAAACCAUGUUAAAUUUCAAUACUCGAGCACGGUUACUAUUAACUGGUACACCUUUGCAAAACAACUUAACGGAGUUGUGGUCUCUGCUUUACUUUUUGAUGCCCUCAGAUGGAAGCGAGCAAGGUGUUGGUGGUUUUGCAAAUCUGAAAGAAUUUCAGGACUGGUUCAAGAAGCCAACGGAACAAAUCUUGGAGCAUGGCAGGGAGCAAAUGGAUGAUGAGUCCAAGGCAAUCAUUAGCAAACUCCACAAGGUUCUUAGGCCUUAUCUACUGAGGCGACUAAAAGCAGACGUCGAAAAGCAAAUGCCUGGAAAGUACGAGCACGUUGAGUUUUGCCGUUUGUCUAAAAGACAACGUGAGCUUUACGAUAGCUUUCUAAGUCGAAAUGAUACUCGAGAUACUCUCGCAUCGGGUAAUUAUCUUUCCAUCAUUAAUUGUUUGAUGCAAUUGCGAAAGGUUUGUAAUCAUCCUGAUCUCUUUCUCGAUCGACCUAUCAUGACCUCUUUUCCAAUGGAAAAGUCUGCCAUCACCGAUUUCGAGAUCAAAGAGCUUCUGGUUCGUAGGAAGAUGUUCCGUCAAGAACCUAUGACUGAAGUUAGCUUGGACUUUUUGAAUCUUGUUCCUGCGAAGCAUGAAUCUUUGUCCGGCAUAUUAGCCUCGGAAAUUAACAGACUUAGUGCCAGGCGUGCUCUAGAAGUAAUGAGGGAGGCCCAGCGUACAAGAGCCCAGAAUGCAUUCACCAACCUCGAUCCCUCAACAGUCAAAUCAAACUUGGUGUAUCUGGAAAGUGCUUCUAGGUGGGGACGAUUUGAAGAACUUCAGCAUUGCGUAUAUCUCAAUGCCCUUCGACGACAACAGAAACCUAUCUACGGCAGUUCUCUGAUUGAACGUCUAGAUCUUCGUCUUGACCAGCGUCCACUACAAGCUAAACCUAAGCGGCGAACCAAGUUGAUAGAAUGGUUAGAAGAUUCUUCCCCAGUCAUGAGUUCAAUGGUCCCGACAUUUACAUCACGAUCUCAAGAACUACAUACAACCAUUCAAAAAUUUGCUUGCGUGACACCGCCUGUGGUAGCGCGAGAUAUGAAUUCGGUUAUGUUUACACCUAAAGGUGUGAGCAGCUUUCAGAGCACCGUUGGCACUCAAAAAACAGAUCCAUUCCAUGAGGCACGCAUGAGACUAUCCAUUCAAUUCCCCGACAAACGUCUCUUGCAAUAUGACUGCGGUAAAUUGCAAACUCUAGACAAAUUAUUGCGUAAGUUGCAAGCUGGCGGGCAUCGAGCACUGAUCUUCACUCAAAUGACAAAGGUGCUCGAUAUUCUUGAGCAAUUCCUCAAUAUCCAUGGGCACAAGUAUCUACGACUUGAUGGAGCUACCAAGAUUGAGCAACGACAAAUCCUUACGGAUCGCUUCAACAAUGACACUCGAAUUCUUGCUUUCAUUUUAUCUAGUCGUUCGGGUGGUCUGGGUAUCAAUUUAACCGGUGCGGAUACUGUUAUCUUCUAUGAUUUGGAUUGGAAUCCAGCAAUGGACAAGCAAUGUCAAGAUCGUUGUCAUCGCAUUGGUCAAACGCGAGAUGUUCACAUCUAUCGCCUCGUCUCGGAGCAUACCAUCGAAGCCAAUAUCUUGCGCAAAGCAAAUCAAAAACGUAUGCUUGAUGAUGUUGUGAUUCAAGAAGGAGAGUUUACUACGGAUUACUUCAAUAAGAUGAACGUACGAGAUGUCAUUGGAGAGGAAGGAUCUAGUCUUAUGGACGGAGACGCAGCAGCUAAUGCAGCCAUGGAUCGAGUUUUGGGUGGACCUGAUAAUGACAAAGAUGUUCGACGUGUUUUUGCUCAAGCCGAAGAUCGCGAGGAUGUCGCCGCAGCUAGAGUUGCCGAACGAGAAAUAGUGCAAACCGACGCGGCCGAUUUUGAUGAGAACGCAGUCUCGGCUUCCGCUACUCCUGGUGGCGCAGGGACACCUGCCGAAAGUGCACCAACUCCUGGUGCUGAUGGAACACCCACCGUCGAAGACCUAAUGGAGAUUGACGAAGACGAACUUAACGCUUGGGGACAGCCAGUGGGAUCGAUGGACGAUUAUAUGCUGAAAUUCAUGUCUGCUCAACUGGCAGACGCACCUAUUGAAUUACCCCGAGACAAGAAGAAGGGCAAGAAGGGCAAGGAUCAUCGAAAUCGUCACAGGGCUAGAUGA